AUGGAGACUCUCCAGGGAGCUGAACUCUGUUUUCCACAGCUCCUCAACACCUCCUGCAGGAAGCCAGUGGAGCAGACCAUAUUCCUUUACAUCUUCAUGUCUUGCAUCUCUCUGCUCACUGUGGCUCUCAACCUGCUGGUCAUCAUCUCCAUCUCACACUUCAGGCAGCUCCAAACCUCUACCAACCUGGUCCUCCUCUCUCUGGCUGUCUCUGACCUCCUUGUCGGUCUCCUGCUCAUGCCGCUCCAAAUCCUUCUUCUUGGGGGCUGCUGGGUUUUGGGGAGCUUGAUGUGUGGACUGUUUUAUUAUGCCUCUUUUAUCCUCACAUCUGCCUCGGUGGGGAACAUGGUGCUCAUAUCAGCUGACCGAUAUGUGGCCAUCUGUGACCCUUUGUGUUACCCCACCAAAGUCACUCAGAGAAGAGUUAAAGUGUGUGUCUGCCUGUGUUGGGCCUGUUCUGUGUUAUAUAAUGGUGUGAUACUGAUGGACUUCUUGAAACAUCCAGACAGAUAUAAUUCCUGCUACGGAGAGUGUAUAGUUGUUAUUAACUUCGUAACAGGAGCUGUUGAUGUCAUGUUGACCUUUGUUGGCCCCAUUGCUGUCAUCAUAGUUCUGUAUAUGAGAGUAUUUGUGGUGGCUGUGUCUCAGGCUCGUGCCAUGAGGUCUCAUAUUACAGCGGUCACACUGCAGGGCUCAGUGAGUGGAACUGCCAAGAAGUCUGAGAGAAAAGCAGCCAGGACUCUCGGUGUUGUCGUGGUUGUGUUUCUAAUGUGUUACUGUCCUUAUUUUUACCCGUCUCUUGCAGGCCAGGACAUGUCCACCAGUGUGGCCUCUUCACAUUUUUGGGUCUGGCUCCUUUUUUUUAACUCCUGUAUAAAUCCAGUGGUGUAUGCUUUUUUCUACCCCUGGUUUAGGAGAUCUAUUAUAAUCAUUGUUACACUUCAGAUACUGCAGUCAUACUCCUGUGAUGCCAACAUACUGUAGUGUGACAAAAAUGAAGGAUAAUGAUUGAAAUUUCAAAAUGAAAAUAGAACUUUGCUAGCUAAAGAGCCCACUCCUCAUCAUGCCAUCUAUUAAUAUUGUCUUCACACUGACUGUGCAAAGUUUCACCUCCUGGGUUAGAAUUGACCUGCUUU